AGCAGAGCGCCGGGCACGAUGUCCGACGCGGGCGGUGGAAAGAAGCCGCCUGUAGAGUCGCAGGCGGGGCCAGGCUUGGGGCCGGGGCGCGCAACUGGGGAAAGAGGCCUGCCGGGCUCCUUCCCGUUGGUCCUGAAGAAGCUGAUGGAGAACCCCCCGCGCGAGGCGCGCCUCGAUAAGGAGAAGGGGAAGGAAAAGCUGGAGGAGGACGAGGCCGCGGCGGCCAGCACCAUGGCCGUCUCCGCCUCGCUCAUGCCGCCCAUCUGGGACAAGACCAUCCCGUAUGAUGGCGAGUCUUUCCACCUGGAGUACAUGGAUCUGGAUGAGUUCCUGCUGGAGAAUGGCAUCCCUGCCAGCCCCACCCACCUUGUCCAGAACCUGCUGCUGCCUGUGGCCGAGCUGGAAGGGAAGGAGUCAGCCAGCUCCUCCACUGCAUCCCCACCAUCCUCCUCCACCGCUGUCUUUCAGCCCUCUGAAACUGUGUCCAGCACAGAGUCUUCACUGGAAAAGGAGAGGGAGACGCCCAGUCCCAUUGACCCCAACUGUGUGGAGGUUGAUGUGAACUUCAACCCUGACCCUGCUGACCUAGUCCUCUCCAGCGUACCAGGCGGGGAGCUCUUCAACCCUCGGAAGCACAAGUUUGCGGAGGAGGACCUGAAGCCCCAGCCCAUGAUCAAAAAGGCCAAGAAGGUCUUUGUUCCCGACGAGCAGAAGGAUGAAAAAUACUGGACGAGACGCAAGAAGAACAACGUGGCGGCCAAACGGUCGCGGGAUGCCCGGCGCCUGAAGGAGAACCAGAUCACCAUCCGGGCGGCCUUCCUGGAAAAGGAGAACACAGCCCUGCGGACGGAGGUGGCCGAGCUGCGCAAGGAGGUGGGCAAGUGCAAGACCAUAGUGUCCAAGUAUGAGACCAAGUACGGGCCCUUGUAACCCCUGUCCUCCCACCCAGGCAGAGCACUGCCUGCACCUCAGACCUCUGCCUGGGGGCGCCCUGAAACCCGCACACGCGUGGAGACUUAAGACUGUCAUCCGCGAAUGACGGCGUACCUGCUCCAGGCACGGUCACGUCUAAGCUUCAUCAUAACACGGCCAGAGCACACGGGGACCUCCCCGGGGCCAGCUUCCUCACAGGUGGGGAGCGUGAGAGAAUCUGCAUAGACGAGUGGAGCGGCCUUAGUUUCUGUUCUUGGAUGUCCCAGCUGAAUCAGAGGGGGCCUCUGGAUUACCAGUCUCUCCUUUCACAGAGCCCUCAGGCUCUCCUUGACUCUCCCUCAGCUUCUGGCCUGGGCUGCCAGGGGUGUCUCCACAGAACGAGUCUUGAUGGUUACUGACGCCCUCACAUCUUCUCAGGUAGCAGGGCGCGUUUCUGGGCAGGGUGUGUCUAUCAUUCACCUUACCCUCCCCACAAAGGCUUUGAGAGAAACAAUCUUGCUCCCACUCCUCAGUGAGUGUCUGCAUGGGUGACGGGCCCAGGAGCGGGUCUCCGUGCAGCCUAGAUGGUGUUUGAAUGGGGCCUGCGGCAGAAGUACACCCCACCGUUCUUAGCUCCCACACCUGUUUUCUCUCUGAGGCCUGGAAGCCAGGGAGGAGGCCCUGGAAAUUGGCUCUCUCUGCAUGUCACCUACUAUGGAGCGGAGACUCCCAGGGCCACUGGUCUCUGAGCUCUGACCACCAGGGCACAGGAGACCUGUCGUCUCCUCUCCUCCAAGUCACUCGUGGAGGCCACCUGAAGCUCUUGUUUGUCCCAUACACUGGGCCUCUGGGCCUGCUCUUUCUUUUCGUUACCCAGUAACCAAUCUCAAGUCUUAGAUUUAAAAGGAACUCCCCCCACACCCACCUAGGAAGCUUUAACUUCCUGGACCCCAGGAUGCAGCUUCCGCAUGGUGUUCAGAAAACUGGCCUCCAUAGCCCCCCUUGCACAGUGGGCACAAGAGCUGGGGUGUAUUUCUUGAGAAGCGCCCGUUUUUUUCUGCUCUGCUCACUGGUGUGGCCAGGCCAGGGUCUGCUCUCCCUGAGGUGGCAGAGGGCUCCUAGUGCUUCAAGAUCUGUCUUCCUAUGUGAGCCACCCACAGGGGUCAGCAGGCAGCCCAAUCAGAGGUUGCUGAGGUUGCGAGGCAACCUGACGGGCUAGCAGGCUCUUGGGACAUUUACCUGGGCCUAGGAUCCUCUCAGUCUUGGUCCCAAGAGACACAGGACACCCACACAAGCCUGGCUGUGGUGUGGGGGGGUUCUCAAGUGCAGCUGUGGCUUCCUCUGCACCACGGCCACUUCUUUCUCUUAUAUGACUGGAGUUUUGCUCUGCCGAGAAUAACUGAGAAAACUCUGACCUUUUUGGUCAGUUGGGGCACCCUCAAGACAGGUGUAUAUAUUUGCUCAGGGCAGGCAGCCUGGUGAAGAGGCAUCAGACGGGAUGGGUGCACUCUGUCAUCUUACCACUGGCUUUAUUUAAGAUGGCGGCUCAGAGGCCCGGGCCACAAUUUCUAAGACUUUUCAUAAACACAGGUGUUAAGCCCAGGGGAAGGCACCCCCUGGCCGUGGACCAUACCCCGAGGAACACCAGGGACUGCACAUGCACCUCUCUGGGGGACUUGACAAGGAUCCCCAAGGCCAAGGGAGGUCACCCCUGCCCUCCAGGCCCCUGACUUAUACUCUGUGGUUCUAUCAAAACCAUAUACACACUUUUCACUCUGUUGUAACCACACACAGGGCAGUUGCAUCCGGCAUGUCAGUGUCCUGCCUGGGCAGCUCGCCCGCCCAGCAUUCGCCCUCUGGUCUGGCUCCUCACCAGGAGGGCACCUCUCGUUUGUUAUUGGUGGAAGAACCUCGAGCUUCCCAGCUCUUCAUUUUCUUUGGCCAGAAACUGUAUGGUUUGUGUUUUUUUCAGUUUCAUUUUUUUAAAGAAUGGACACUUAUUCUUGGCUGGUGCCCGUGUGCCAACCCAGUGGGUGGGAUGACAGCCUGGUGUCUCUCCUCUCUUUCCCACCUUCUGCCUGUUCAGCGUCUCCCCUCCCCCACAGGCAGUGGGUGUCUGGUUCCUUCCCAAGUGCUUACUUGGAGAGAGUGCGGCUGUGGGAUUCUCUUAGAAGAGGUCCUUCGAGUCACGAGCCUAGCAGGAACAGGAAGGAGAUCUGUGUGGAAGCUGGCAUUUUGGGGAGAAGUGCUCAGAUAAGCUUGUCUCCUUCCCUGGGCCAAGAGUCGCACCUUUGUAGGCAGACAGAGGUGGCACCUACUUGGUUUCCAUCAUGGAAAUGCGCAUCUCUGUGACUCCCUUUUGGACUCCCUCCCUCCGUCUUGGGGCUAACAGGGACUGAGGCCCCUGCGCCCAGGUCUUUGACAUGUUCUAAAAACAUUGGAGGCUAGAGAAGCCGUCGAAAAUGGCUUCCCAUGGGUUCUAGGUGGGCCAGGAAGGGCCGUUCACUUCCCAUGUGUCCUGUCUUCAGCGUUGAGGCAGCCUCAUUGCAACUUCAGACAGACCAAUCUUGAAUGAGCUAGAAUGUUGCAAGCAUAUACAUGUAAUAAAUGUAUAUCUAGAUGUAGAUAUAUAGAGAGAGAGAGAGAAUUUUCCAGAUGGACAGCAGCCUUGUGGAGGACCUGGGUAACUCUCUUGGACGAAGGAAGGGGUUUGUCUGUCUGGGUCCUGAGGUUGGGGAAGGCACCUGGCAGUGAACCUUGGCUUUUGGUAAGCAUUGCCCUGCUGAGGGGCUCCUGUGGCCCUGGGAGGGCAGCUCCUGCAGUCCUCGGGCAAGGUGGGUGGCAGGAGGGGACCCAGCUGAGAAACGCCCUUCGUGCUGGCCACUCCUGCCCAGGGCCCUAGGAGCUGUGCUUCAUGGAGCACAAAGGGCUAACAAGCCCCGGGUUUCAUUGGAAAGCCCCACCCCAAAGUUCCUUUAACAUCUGUUAAUUUAGUGCAAUAAAUUUUUCUAGAAAAUGGCAAAGAUGACUUCCAGGUGGAUAUUGCUGUCUUACGGUUUGGGCAUGCCGGAACACCACUUGGUUUUAUUUUUCUAAGUGCAUGUGACAUGUUAGCGUGUGUGGGGCUCCACGCCCUCCCCUGGGAGCUGGCAUUCCAGCGGGCCCCUCUCUCCUUUACCUUUGUUGGGGGGAGAGGUCCAGGGGAAGACUCCCUUGGUCCCAGCUGGAGAGGGUGGAAGCAGGCUAUAGCCCAUUGGCCUUAUGUGCGUGUGUGCGUGCGAGUGGGUCACUGCUGUUGGGCCGGAGCGAUGUGGUGGGAGGGAAGCCGGGAAUGUGUCCUUUUCAAAACAAAUUAAAUAUUUUGAGAAGAGAAUUCUGGGCUGUCUGUUUUGUCCUCACCCCCCUUCAGUGUUUCCUCCCUUUGUGUUAUUCUAGGGGCAUGAGGGCUGAGCCAGGAGAGUUUGAGCUCAUUAGAACCCUCCCAGGCACCCCUUUGAUCACCACACCCUUGGCCAGAACACCUGUGCCUCAGUUUCCUCAUCUGUCAGAUGGAACUAAUUCCUGCCCUGCCUGCCUUGCAAUUUAUUGGGCAAGGACAAAUAAAAUAGCAGACCGCGAUGCUUCAGGGUGCCAGUGCCAUUGUCACUGACUGACUCAGCAUUAGGGUCCCUGGGUCCCCUGCUCAGGACUGGCCUGGGUUCCCCCAGGGCUUUCAUCUGGAGCGUGGGGGCAGUCCCUGCUGCAAACCCUUCACCCCUUCUCCCUCCCCUCCGUUCCCUCCAGUGUGGGAGCUGGUAGGGGCUGCUUUCUCAUAGGGCAGGGAGCUGCCUUUUCACCACUAGGACUGCUCCACCCUGGCCUCCGCACACGGCAUGCUGUUAGGGCCUUAUGGUUUGAGGGACCGUGAACCACUUGUAAUUUUGUUUCUGAGGAGCAAAAAAUGCACUUGGACUUUGGAGACACACAAAAAAAAUUUUUUAAUAGACUUAAAAAAAAAAUAGCCAUUUUACAGUUAAACAUUGAGGCUCAGAAAGACCAGGUGAUAUACCCCAACUCACAGCGGUGAUACUA